CGAACGCCGUCCGGCGGCGGCCGCCCCCCGCGCUGACCCGCGCGCCGCGGUCACCGGCCGCCGGCGACUCGGUCACCGGCUGCGACGACGCGCGACGUCGCGCGCGUCCGUCGUCGCCACUGCCAAGUCGGCGUCCUAAUUCCGGCGGUGGCGGUGCGGCGGCGCCGGCGGCAGUGGCCGCCCGGCGGUGGCACUGGGAGGUGCGUGUGCGCUGCCGCCGACGCCGACGAGCGGCGCCGCCGUCGGCCGUCCGUCAGUCAGUCAUGACGCUGCGCGAGGACCAGCUGCUGCAGGUGCAGGGCUCGCAGAAGGGCCGCUCGGCCUCGUUCUGUGUGGGCGGCGAGGGCGAGCCGCCGGGCGGGGUGCCGGCCGAUUGGGCCGCGCCGGCGGCGCCGCGUGACCUGGCCGCCGCCGCGCGCCGCUCUCAGAGCUGCCGCGUCCAGGGCGCCCGGCCGCGCGUCCGCCGGCGCGACAAGAAGGGCGAGGCGCUCGACCUGGCCGAUGCGGCCAGCACGGGCUGUCUGACGCAGGGCGAGCCGUCCUACCACCCGUUUCUGCACAAGGCGCCCAGUUGUGGUAAGGUGUUCUACCAGACGGUGGACGGGACGGUGAUGCAGACGUACACGCCGGAGGGUUCGCCGGGCGGCGCGCGGCGGGCGCGCCGGCCGCCGCUGCCCAAUGUCGGCACACCAGAGGACUCGCCGGCACUGGCACGGAGGCCCACACGAACGCGCGCGCUGGCGGGCGCCAGCCAAGGGCGCGGAUCGCCGUCCUCUCGCUACAAGCAGCGAGCAUUGGAGCCCGACCCGGAGGAUCCGGACGCCUACCGCCUCAGGAACUUCAGCCUCACUGCUAAAGGGAUUGUCAACCGUGGCGACUCGUUCCGCGUGCGCCGCUCGAGCGUGCAGAGUGGGUCGGCCAUGCCCAGCACGUCUCCCGUGCCGGCGCCGGCCGCUGCUGCGCCACCCUCGCCGCCGCCGCAGCCCGUCAGCUCGUUCUCUGUCGCUCUGCUAGGGGCCACCGGCGUCGGAAAGACGGCACUCAUCGACCAGUUCAUGAGCUCUGAGUGCACCAACGCCUACGACCGAGACAGAGAUGGCGGCUCGGACGAGCAGACAGUCUGUAUUGAGUUGGAUGGCGAGGAGUCAGAGCUGCGCUUCCUCAACAUCACGAACCCAAAGUCGGAGAUCACCAACUCGCAUCCACCGGACGCCCUAGCUGUCGUAUACUCGGUAAUUGACAAGUCGAGCUUUGAGCGAGCCGAGGAUGAGCUCUCCCGACUGCAAGCGCUCGACCUGCUCAGAAACCGCUGCCUCGUGCUGGUCGGCAACAAGAUUGACGUGGUCCGCAGCCGUGCCGUUGAUGAGUUAGACGGUAUGGAGCUGGCGUGCUCCUACAACGCCAAGUUUAUCGAAAUUUCCGUGGGCAUGAACCACAACUGCGACGAGCUGCUGGUGGGAAUCCUGCACCAGCUACGCCUGAAGCGCGACUCCUACGAGCCGCAGAAGGAGCACAAUUGGACGCGCAACAAGGGCAUCGUGCGUGCGAGCCGCAAGGUGAAGCGCACGCUAACAAAAAUCUUUGGCAAGGAGGAUGCCAGACUGCGCAAUGUUACUAACUUCCGAGUGCAUAACUGAGUAAGCCAUGUUGAGCGCUCGAACAUUUGCGAAAUGAUGUGUGCGCCGUGCGGCGUCGCGAAGCGCUGUGCUGAGCGUUUGGAACUCGCGAGGCGGUGUGAGAUGCGUCGCGAAGCGCUGUGCCAAGCGUUCGAGACUCGCGAUGCUGUGUGAGUCGUCGCGAAGCGCUGUGCCGAGCGCUGAGACUUGCGAGGCGUUUUCCGCGACAGGACAGGCAGUGGAGAGGGAAAUGAAGCAGUCCGGAUCAAAUUGUCCUUGGCUAGUUAUAUGUAGGGUUCGAUAUAUUUUGCCGCCCAGUUGACGCUUUCUUAUAUCUGACCCAUACUCAUCGACUGAUAAUUUGAGCUCCGGGGUGGUCUGCUUGCUCCUUCCAUUCGUGUUCCAGUUUAGACUUGUAUAUCCGUAUACCCGAAUGAAAAGCUCUUGGAAUGCUGUGUUAUGAGCCGUGGUUUCGCCGUUUGUCAUGAACACUAUCAUCAGCAGCUUGCUAGAACGACGGUGACAUGAUUCAACACUGCUGCAACAUGGCUAAACACAAUGCUAUCAAUUACGACUCCAUUUACCGGGUAUAACGACUACGGCUAUUAUAGCAACUGAGCAGCCAUCCACAUUCUCUAUUUCAGUUUUGAGCUCAGUAAGAUGAUACCACUGGGAGGAAGGGUAAAGCCAAAUGUCUUCAAAUCAAAUCAAAAUAAAACAGCCCGAUCUGUAAAAA